UAUAUAUACAUAGCAUUCACCGCUCACUUCCUCUUUCUUUGUUAACAGCUGCCCUAGGCCAAGACCAACCAUUUGAAGGCAUUUUCUUAGCUUCCAAAUCUCUCAAUAGAAGAAAAUGAAGGUAAUCGCCGCUUUCUUGUUGGCUGUGUUGGGUGGCAACGCCUCCCCAUCUGCUGCUGAUUUGAAGAAAAUCCUUGCUUCCGUUGGAGCUGAGGCUGAUGAUGAUAGGGUUGAUCUCCUCUUGUCUCAAGUAGAGGGCAAGGAUAUCACCGAGCUGAUUGCUGCUGGCAGAGAAAAAUUGGCUUCAGUACCUUGCGGUGGUGGUGGUGGUGUUGCAGUCGCUGCACCUGCUGGUGGCGCUGCUGCUGCAGCACCAGCUGCCGAGGAGAAGAAAGAGGAAAAGAAGGAAGAGAAAGAGGAAUCUGAUGAUGACAUGGGUUUCAGUCUCUUCGAUUGAGGAAUACAGCGUUGGCCUCUGUAUGAAAUGACCUGUUCCCAGUUCCCCUGAGUUUAUUCUAGGACUCUUUUUGUCAACUUUAUUCUAGUUUAGCUGAAGGUACCUAAAUUUUGCGAGGCAAUUUGAAAUUACAAUAUUGUUGGAUUUGUUUGCACCCUUUAGCUUGAUGUAUUUGUUGCCUGUUUAAGUCAUUACAACUUCCAAUUCUAUAUCCA